AUGGGUACCUUUUUGCGGCCAUUGACGCUGUCUCUUAUUGUCAUGCUCAUCGGAGCUGAAUAUGGCCUUUCCUAUCUGACAGAGAUGGCAGACACCAUGAUCGCGAAGGGCGUCAAACCGGACCUUGGGUAUCAAGAUGCUGUUCUUUAUCUUGGGUUCGAAAAAGCUUACGAGCUUUCUGGGGAUGAGAAAUAUCUUGAUUGGUACAUCGGUCAGAUUGAUGGCCCUGUUGUCCAAGAGGAUGGCUCCAUCAAAGGUCUCAACACAUCCAGGUAUAUCCUUGAUGAGUACCGAAUGGGAAAUAAUUAUCUCUAUCUUCACAAUAAGACCGGAGAGUCAAAGUAUGAGACAGCCGCCAACACCGUCAGACGCAUGUUGGACUCUUAUCCCCGCACUCCUUCCGGGGGCUUUUGGCACCAGCAAUUCUUCCGCGAUCAAAUGUGGCUGGAUGGUAUCUACAUGGCAGAUUCAUUCUACGCCAGAUGGACGCAUCUCUAUGACUCGGAUAACAACACAGCUUGGGACGACAUCCUUCUUCAAUACGAGCUCAUACACGAGAACACAAUCAACGAGACAACAGGUCUUCACGUACACGGCUGGGUUGAAGGCGAAGCAUCAUGGGCUGAUCCAGAGACAGGCCGAGCGCCCAAUGUCUGGGGACGUGCUCUUGGCUGGUAUUUCAUGGCCCUCGUUGAGGUAUUGCAGUACUUCCCCACGUCACAUCCCGGCUAUGACCAGUUACUCGGGUACCUUCAAUCUGUCGCACGGGGUCUGAAAGACUCCCGCGAUCCAGAUCUUGGCAGCUGGUGGCAAGUCAUGAACGAACCUUACCCCAAGCGCAAAGGGAACUUCAUCGAGAGUAGUGGCUCCUCCAUGUUUACAUGGGGCUUGUUGAAAGCUGUUGAUUUGGGAUACCUUGACUCAGAUGAGUAUCUCGGGACUGCGAAAGACGCCUUCACAAGGUUGAUUGAAAACUUUGUCACUGAAGGCGAAGACGGGUCGUUGAUACUGAAUGGCACAGUCGCUGAAUGUGGUUUGACUAGUUCCAAUGUCACCUUUGAAUACUACGUCAGCAGACCAAAGUUGGAGAAUGGACAGAAUGGCGUAGGUCCGUUCAUGCUUGCGUCUUAUGAAUGGGAGUCAUGGGCGAUGGACGCAUGA